CGAGCCAAAGCGACGGAGACAUAUCCAAUAUCUCUGAAACCGCUGCUCGCACGAGUAUCGAACCCGUGACCAUGGGCAACGUACAUGCGUCCAAGACGACCAAGGCCAAGCUGCUCCUGCUCCCAGACGAUGAAGCGCCGACGCGAACGAGCACCGACGACGUCGCCGAGGGUCUCAUGCUGCAGCUGCAAGCCUACGAAGCUGAGCCGCCCAACCAGGCCUCGGAGCGACCACGACCACUCGAGGCCAACGUAGCACUCCUCCACAAAGUGUACUUGGUGGCGAUGCACCAUGGCGCGAUUCUGCCCCAGCUCUUGCUGGCUCUGGCAGCACCAGAGACUACCAGCGCAAACCAGCGCGAGCAGCUGCAGAGAGUGGCCGAUAUCUGCAUCUUUGCUCUCGCCUUUGACAAUUUCAAGGCCAUGACGCCCCGCGUGCAGAACGACGUGAGUCUCUACCGACGGCAUCUCGCAUCCUCCGCCAAGAAGGAGAAUGCGAUGCACGAGAUUUCAGAGACGCAAGUAAACGCGCUCUCCCUCUUCCUCGGUGAGCACAUGCCUGCGAUCAAGCUCCUCGGCCGCGCCAUUGCCGAUACCUUGUUGCACCACCCCGACGCAGCGACCGCGCUGGCAUCUGUCGCCCACGCGGCCUACGCGACGCUAUCGACCAAGUCGGCGUCGCUGGACGCAGCGCAAGCUGUCUACUGCAUGCGCGCGAUGGCGGCGACGAUCUUGGUCUUGGACCAUAGCCUCGCCCAAGGCGUCUUUGCAGCGUCGUCGCCGCUCAAGGUCAAACGCUGUCUUCGAGCGCUGGUCGAUGGACGCAAGACGCUGCCAGCGUGCACGCAGCUGCUGGACGCCAUCAAGUUUGCCAGUCGCCACGGCAACGACAGCAGCACGCCGCGACACAUCCGAUCGAUGCUGCACAAUUGA